AUGUUGAGGGAACGGAAGCGACAGAGGGCAUACGAGCAAGAACAGCAGAGGGAAAUCUCAAAGCUACUUGCUGAGAUACGAGCCCAGGCACAACAAGAGCGAGCCAUCGCUAGAUCGCACGUCGAUUCUGCGGAAAGUGAUGCAGAAGAUUCUGGAUCAGAAGAGGACUGUUCAGAGGAAGCAGAAUCUGGCGAUGAUAAUCAGGAGGAUCAUGAUGCUAGACGUUUAGGAGGUUAUGGAAACACUUCAGAGGAAGAGGGAGACUCAGAAGCCGAUGAACUUGAGGAAGAGGAAGACACCUUGGUAGAGGAAGAUGAAGAAGCAGACGAGCUCGAAGAAGCUACUGAAGAAGAGCGCUCGGAUGGAGAAGAUUGUUCCCCAGAAGAGACCGACGGGGAAGAGGAAGAGGAGGACGAGGACGAGGACGAGGAGGACGAUGAAACAUAUCAAAACGAAGAAGACGCGCGUCCCUCGAUCAAGGCCGAAAGAACUGUACAGAUUGCAGACCAAGGGAUCCCCAGUACACAAUCCAGAUAUUGGGUCCCCAGGGGGCGGAACACGGGAGCAACGAUAAAACAAGAAAGUCGCCUUAGUGUGGCGAGGGCUCUACCAAGAGAACCGACAUCGAUAUCUGCCGAUGAGGAUGAUGACAUGCGCAUCGCAAAUGGAACUCAUUUUCAAGACGAAUGGCAACUGAACGACCGCAUGGAGACGGAUUCUAAAGAUGAGCUAUUCGACCGGAUCAAAAGCGAAAGUAGAAUACGUGCACAAGAUGCCGCACGCUUCGAGAACGACAUCGAACGCUCUAAUGUUGUCAAAUCGUAUUAUCCAUGCAAUCUCCGUCCACCCAUCGCGUUUGCGGAUUCCGUCACACUCAGAUUUGUCAGUCCUGAGGAUUGGGAGCGACGAUGGCAGAGGGCGCAGCGUCGCACGGGCAUACGCAUGGUCAUUUUCGAACCAAGCUUUGCUGUCACUGUCACCGACAUCAAUAUGCUAGCUUGGUCACCAGCAGCAUUUAGUUCAUCCAUUCUCGCGAUCCGCGUGGGCAACAGUGCCCUGCUAGACGACCAGUCUAUUACCAACCUCGCCGCGAACAUGGCGCAGUUAACACAGGUGCAAAUCGAUUUGGCUCCAGAUAUUGGUGACCAAUCCAUCAUGAGUCUUAUUGAGUUCUGUCCGGCCAUUGAAUACAUUGAAGUAUGUGGGGAUGUACUCACGAGACGAUCUGGUGGUGUGACUUUGCGUAACCUCGACGCAAUAUUGAUUGCAAAUGAAAAUAAGGCCCAACGUCUUCGUAAUUUGGUGCUCGUAGAUCAGCUGGUGGAAGACAAGAGAGUGGAAGCCUGCGAAAAACUGCGAGCAAAUUUGAAGAUUAUACGUGGACAUCAGACACGAGAGGAGAUUAUACCGAGAAGCAGGGCUUAG